GAGAACACAGUCCCCCAGGUCCAGCAGUGGGCAGUGCGCUGGAUGGGCAUCCGGAAGGAUGAUGAGUUCUUCCAUUUUGUCAUUCUUUGCUUUGCAAUUGGAGCUUUACUAAUUUGCUAUUAUUACUACCAAGAUUGGACUAUUUCCCUUGGAAUUGGUUUAGUCACCUUUGCUUCUCUGGAAACCACUGGGAUAUACUUUGGUCUAGUGUAUCGAAUCCGGAGCGUGGUUGACAGCUUCGUUCCUCUGAUUGACAAAUUCAGGCCAGCAGGUCUGAGGAAAGCUGCCUAGGAGGAGGAACUCACAAGAGCUCUGCAAAACACUGCUGCCUUAAGUUUCUAGUAUUAAAAGAACUGAAAUGAUAAUAA